CUCACUCAGAUAUUCUGUGAGCAGUAAAUUUGGGCCUAAAUAUGAGAGAAUGCAUCAACAUGGUAAGUGUGCACCAUAUAAAACAAAUCCUGCAGCACAAAGUACAUAAUGAUAAAAAAAACGACUUUAUUUUUGGAUUAAAACAGCAAAUUUUCGGUGUAUUUUCAUAUGGUUUUUAUGGUAGCAUUCACUGUUUCUUCGUCUCAUGUGAUAGAAUUGAAGAUGUAUUACAUAAAUGAUUUUGUUAGGUUUUAGCGCUAAGAAUAGCCUGAAAUUGAGCUCAGAAUAACAAAAAUGUUCUGUUUUUGCCGAUGUUAGAGGGUAAACAAAUCUCAUCACGCGUCCAAUACAUGUCAGAUGGUGGGUCAGAUGUGCAUUCCUGAAUGCUCUGAUAUUAUUCAUACAAUUAUUACAAUACUGAAUAACAAUAAAUCUUUUUUUGUGUGUGUGUGUGUGCGAAUAAAAAUUAUCUGUGAUUAAAAAAUCAAAAUGAAAUUCAUCUGUAAAGACUGGAAAUGUAACUAAUAAAUAGUGGAAAUGUUAGUUUAGUGCCAAGAAUGCCUGCAUUGUUUCUUCUGGACCCUAUUUUGAAAUUAGAAUAUUUUGAACUCUGUGUGAAAUUGGCCCAAUUACCAAUUUCUGAUCUUAUUGGGCAGUUGAAAUAGUUGAUUUGGGCAAUUUCCUGUGCUUAAUAGAUGAAAUUGAACACAUACUAGCAAAAUAGAUAAGAAUUUGGUCUAAUGGAUCAAUGUAACUGGCCAAAAACAAGACCCAAAGUCGGCAAAAUUGCCAAUGCGUAAACAUUGCUUACACAGGAAAAUUCAUGGGAGCAUAACUUCAUAAAUUCUUGAUCAAAUUUAAUACUUUUUGUUUUAUUACCUUCAGAAAAAGAUUCUCUACCAUUUCAUAAGAAAAAAUUAUAUAUUUUUUUUUUUAGAAUCUUGGACUUUGUGGGGAAUUUUCAAAUUGGGGGUCUGAAACCUCAAAGGGUUAAUGAAAAAAAAAAAAAGUUAGUAAUUCCAUAAUUAAACAUUUUCAGAAAAAUUUGUUUAAACACAAGAGCAAAUAAUAAUAAAAAUGUCGUUGAAUAUAUCUGCAGUGUUCUAAUAUAUUUAUUAAUAUUUUAACACAACAAAAAUUAUAAUAGUGUUUUGACACACAAUAUAAACUUUAUUAGCGCUCAUAAGUAGGAAAAGUUUUGCCUAAAUAAAUCUUAACAUAGGAUUUUUUCAUAAGGAAAACCAUGUGUUCAGUGUCAAAAAUAAUUAAAAAAUAAAAUCAUGAAAUAAACAUUUGAGUGCAUAAGGAAGAUUAACUGUACCACAGUUGUAUGACUAAAAUAUUUUAAAUGAAAUACCUUCAUUUAAAAAAUAUGGAAAAACAUAAAGAACAUAAACCAUAUCAAUGUUCAGAGUGUCUGAAAUGUUUUAGUGGAAAAAAAAAUCUUUUGACACAUAUGAGAGUACAUACAAGAGAGAAACCAUAUCAGUGUUCAGAGUGUCUGAAACGUUUUACUGAAAAAGACAAUCUUAUGACACAUAUGAAAGUACAUACUGGAGAGAAACCAUAUCAAUGUUCAGAGUGUCUGAAAUGUUUUAGUCAAAAAGGUAGUCUUGUGAGACAUAUGAGAGUACAUACAGGAGCAAAACCAUAUCAGUGUUCAGAGUGUCUGAAGUGUUUUACUGAAAAAGACAAUCUUAUGACACAUAUGAAAGUACAUACUGGAGAGAAACCAUAUCAAUGUUCAGAGUGUCUGAAAUGUUUUAGUCAAAAAGGUAGUCUUGUGAUACAUAUGAGAAUACAUACAGGAGAGAAACCAUAUCAAUGCUCAGAGUGCCUGAAAUGUUAUAGUCAAAAAAGCAGUCUUGUGACACAUAUGAGAGUACAUACAGGAGAGAAACCAUAUGAAUGUUCAGAGUGCCUGAAAUGUUAUAGUCAAAAAAGCAGUCUUGUGACACAUAUGAGAGUACAUACAGGAGAGAAACCAUAUGAAUGUUCAGAGUGCCUGAAAUGUUUUAGUGAAAAAAAAAGUCUUGUGACACAUAUGAGAGUACAUACAGGAGAGAAACCAUAUGAAUGUUCAGAGUGCCUGAAAUGUUUUAGUGUAAAAAACAGUCUUGUGACACAUAUGAGAGUGCAUAUAGGAGAGAAACCAUAUGAAUGUUCAGAGUGCCUGAAAUGUUUUAGUAAAAAAAAAAGUCUUGUGACACAUAUGAGAGUACAUACAGGAGAGAAACCAUAUGAAUGUUCAGAGUGCCUGAAAUGUUUUAGUGUAAAAAACAGUCUUGUGACACAUAUGAGAAUACAUACAGGAGAGAAACCAUAUGAAUGUUCAGAGUGCCUGAAAUGUUUUAGUGAAAAAAAAAGUCUUGUGACACAUAUGAGAGUACAUACAGGAGAUAAACCAUAUCAAUGUUCAGUGUGUCUGAAAUGUUUUAGUCAUAAAAGCAUUCUUGUGGCACAUGUGAGAGUACAUACAGGAGAUAAACCAUAUCAAUGUUCAGGGUGUCUGAAAUGUUAUAGUCAAAAAAGCAGUCUUGUGACACAUAUGAGAGUACAUACAGGAGAGAAACCAUAUCAAUGUUCAGAGUGUCUGAAAUGUUUUAUUGAAAAAAGCAAACUUGUGACACAUAUGAGAGUACAUACAGGAGAUAAACCAUAUCAAUGUUCAGAGUGUCUGAAAUGUUAUCAUCAAAAAAGCAGUCUUGUGACACAUAUGAGAGUACAUACAGGAGAUAAACCAUAUCAAUGUUCAGGGUGUCUGAAAUGUUAUAGUAAAAAAAGCAGUCUUGUGACACAUAUGAGAGUACAUACAGGAGAGAAACCAUAUCAAUAUUCAGAGUGUCUGAAAUGUUUUAUUGAAAAAAGGAAACUUGUGAGACAUACGAGAGGACAUACAGGACUUGACCCCUGCAACCACAACUAGGUGAGUACAGGAGAUAAACCAUAUCAAUGUGCUGAGUGUCUCAGAUGUUUUAGUGUAAAAGGUCAUCUUGUGAGACAUUCACAAGUACAUUCAGGAGAUAAAACAUGUUAGUGUUAAUUUUUCAGGAAUAUUUUAGUUAUAAACUCACGAGAAUACAUAAUAGGGAUAUACCAUAACUGCAUUGUAGGAGUGCCUUUUCGAAGUCAUUUGGCAUCAGCAUAAUAUCAGAUAGGUUUGAGGUUACAAAAUUCUGUUAUAUAAAAAAUUCAUUUAGGUCUUCAACUCUCAGUCAUACUGGGACUUAAGUAGCUUACUCAUUUCCUUGCUAUCAUCUGUGUAGGACCCAUCUCAUUUAAGUAGGUGCUCAAUACUGGAUGUUCUCAACAUUGAUUUGGCAUAACAAAAGAAAUAUUUUGGGUUUCUUUCAAUUUCAUUUAUGGCUUUUAGUUCUUCCCACAUAUCUUGACUCCCAUAAGAUUCCUUUAGCUGAAAUUCAGUGUUUGCUAUUUCUCUGGCCAGUGUCUCCAUACGUAUUACAGAUAUGUUGGCCUCUUUUAACCGCUCUCUUAUUCUUUGCCUUUGCCUGUAUAGGGAGUGCCUUUCUCUUUCUAGUUUACAUCUCCUUUUCCUUAAAGGAAAUAUAAAAUGUAAUAAUUGGGAAGAACAAAUGUAAAUAUUAUGCUAAGAAUACCUCUUCAAGGGGGGCUCCUUGGCGUGGUGAAGAGGCUUUUGGUCUGAGGAAUUAGACCUGUCAGUCUCCUUCCUCAGACUGAACCUAAUUACCCCCCAAUCCCCCCUUCCCUAUCCCAUUCUCCCCAUCCUCCCUUUUUUCCUUUCCUCCUCCUCCUCCCCACCCCCUCCCUUUUGCCCUUCCUCUUUUUGGCCUUUGGGAUUUUUCCCACAGGUGCACUAGUUCCUAGGUAGGGGAAAGGGUACCGGGGUCCAUCCCAUUCCAUUGAGGUUCUUGGUAGUGGCGUAGUUUGCCAUGGAAUCUGGAUCGCCUGGGGAUGUCCCGAUCUCUCUCCGGUACCCCGGAGGGUGGCUUUGGGUGUCUUUCGGGCGACGGGUGGAUCUCUGGAAGUCACCUUUCGGAUUCCGAUGGUGGUGGCCGAAGGAGGUAUGCUUUGUGGCAGAUAUCCGGCCGCCCUCUCUUUUGUCCACUGAGGUAGCUCAGCAGAUGUGAGGUUGCUAUCCCGGAUUGCUGGUUUACUGUCAUGGAGGGUAGGGUAUGGCACGGGUUCCAUGCUGCAUCUGCGCUACUUGUGGUGCUUAGGUCCUCUUGGGCAUGGAGGGAGAUUUCUGGCCCUUUCAUUCCUCCUAGGAACUAUCCCAAGUCCCCCCUUUUUUUUAUUUUUUUUUUUUAUUUUCUUCUUUCUUUUUUUUUUCUUAAAAACAAAAAGAAAGAAGCAACCUAACCAUGGAGUUCCCAAUCCAUGAACCCGCUAACCCCGGGCCCCUUCUUGUUACCGCACCCCGUUCUGACCUCGCCUCAUCCUUUGACCACUCUUUGGACAAUCCUAAGGCCCCUGCACCUCUUGCUGGUGCUGUUUCGUCACCCGCUUCAGGUGCCGGGGUUUCAACUGACUCCUUCGAUUUGUCUGACCUCCACUCUCCUUUGACUAUGCUUCCGGCCUCUCCCUAUAUGGUGCAGCAAUUUUUGAAUCGCCAGCCCAUCCCACGUCGGACCAACUCUGGUCCCACUUCUAAACGCCAAGGACAAUCUCCUGAUAAUGUUACUUCGUUACCCUCCCAUUCUACUUGGAAAACACCGACAUGUCAUGCACUCCCUCUCCACACUCAGUUUCAGACCACAUAAUGGACUAAAUUCUUUACUUUAAGACUGACUUCUUCUACUGCCUAUCUUUCCGACCAUAAUAUUGGCAAAGCGCUCCUAUGCCAUGUUGGUAGAGAUAUUUCCUUUCAUGCUCUUAAGAGUAGUACAUGCAUCAUCACAGUCCAGAAUGCUACCCAAGCUCAUGAUCUUUCUCUUCUUUCACAUUUUUUUUUUUUAUUAUCACACUGGCCGAUUCCCACCAAGGCAGGGUGGCCCGAAAAAGAAAAACUUUCACCAUCAUUCACUCCAUCACUGUCAUGCCAGAAGGGUGCUUUACACUACAGUUUUUAAACUGCAACAUUAACACCCCUCCUUCUUUCACAUAUCAAUACUAUUCCUAUCACUAUCGAAAAACAUCAUUCCCUCAAUUCUUGUAGUGGUACUAUUAUUCUGCCCCAUACCAUAGCCCAACAGAAUUUCCGGACAUGUGGCAAUGACAUUCUCGAACAGCUGGAACUCCAAGAUCUCCCAAUUCUCAAGGUAGACACUUAUGUUCUUCCUGCCCGUGGGCGGAGACAACACCCUGCAAUGUGGCUCGUUUAAAUUUUGACAGCUGUGAACUCCUAUCCUCUGUUUAUGUAGCAGGACAUCGGUUACAAGUUCGAAAGGUGAUCCCUACUCCGCAACAGUGUAGAAAUUGCUGGCGAUUUGGCCACCCAGCGAAAUAUUGCAGAUCUAUAGCUGAAUGCCCAGUCUGUGGUGCUGAUGACCAUUCUAAUAUGUCUUGCAGUCGACCUCUCUCUUGCCUUAAUUGUCAUGAGGCUCACCCUUCAUACUUUCGCCAUUGCCAGGUAUACUUAAAUGAGCAGGAAAUUCGUUGCCUCAAUGAGGCAGAAGGUCUCCCUAAUGCUAUGGCAGUUUCUCAUCUCCACCUCCAAUUGAGACUACCCCAUGUUUCUUAUUCUCGUGUUUCAAAAUGUCCCCCCACUUCUGGGGUCAUAUUUUCUGCAGCCUCCUCUGUGGUUGCCAGUCCCAUGGUCACUCCUAUAUCUAAUUCUUUUGCUGUCCUGGGCUCAGACAUCCCUACUUCAACACCUCAGUCUGUUCUCACUUCUUCGUGUUCUCCCUCACAAACCCCGGUAUCGACAAGACCUCAUACGACACCUCCUCCCAAUUGUCCCUCUACUUCUCAAAGUCCAAAAAAUCUCCUUUAACCCCUCCUUCCCUUCAUCCACCUCCACAUUUUACCUUCCUGGUCUCUGUACCUGGGUCUUCCCCUUUCACUGGCUCUGUUACAAGUGUGGAGGUUCAUCCUCCUCCUCGUACUGUGCCUUCCUCCCCUGUCCCCUCCCAAGUUUCUUCCUCUUCUGCCACCUCCCAGGUUUCUGCCUCUUCUGUCCCCUCCCACACUUCUCCAGUUCCCUCCACCCUUUUGCCUCCCCCUACCUUGGUACAGUCCAUUACAGUUCUGAUCUGUACUCAAACUCCUCCUCCUUCCAUCUCCAAUAUUGUCUUCCAUGUGACAUCUCUGAACUCCGAAACACUUGAAGCAAUCUCUGAAUAUAUUGCAAGGACCAAACCAUCAAUGGACACUGAUCCACCCUCUGUUCCUUCUCUUUCCUCUUCUCCAUCUGCACCUCUUCAAGGGGGGCUCCUUGGUGUGGUGAGGAGCCUCUUGGUCUGAGGAAUUACACCUGUUGGUCUCCUUCCUCAGACCAAACCUAAUUACCCCCCAAUCCCCCCUCCCUUAUCCCAUCCUCCCUUUUUCUUUUCCUCCUCCUCCUCCCCACCCCUCCCUAUUACCCUUCCUCUUUUUUUUUUCCCACAAGCAUGCUAGUUCCUGGGUAGGGGAAAGGGUACUGGGGUCCAUCCCAUUCCGUUGAGGUUCUUGGCGGUGAUGUAGUUUGCUGUGGAAUCUGGAUCGCCUGGGGAUGUCCCAAUCCCUUUCUGGUCUCCCAGGGAGUGGCUUUGGGUAUCUUUUGGGUGACGGGUGUAUCUCUGGAGGCUGCCUUUCAGAAUCCGGGGGUGGUGCACAAAGGAGGUAUGCUUUGUGGCAGAUAUCCGGCUGCCCUCUCUUUUGUCCACCGAGAUAGCUCGGCAGAUGUGAGGUUGCUAUCCCAGAUUGCUGGUUUACUGGCAUAAUGGGUAGGGUAUGGCACGGGUUCCAUGCUGCAUCUGCACUACUUGCGGUGCUGAGGUCCUCUUGGGCGCAGAGGGAGAAUUCUGGCCCUCUCAUUCCUCCUAGGAGCUAUCCCUCCCCAGUCCCCCCUUUUUUUAUCCUUUUUUUUAUUUUUAUUUUCUUUUCUUUCUUUUUUCUUAAAAACAAAAAGAAAGAAGUAACCUAACCAAGGAAGCCCUAGUCCACGAACCCGCUACCCCCGGGCCCUUUCUUGAUACUGCACCCUGUUCUGACCCUGCCUCGUCUUUGGACCACUCUUCGGACACUCCUAAUGCCUCUGUACCUCUUGCUGGUGCUGUUUCCUCACCCGCUUCAGGUACUGAGGUCUUGACUGACUCCUUCAAUUUAUCUGACCUCCGCUCUUCUUUGACUAUGC